UAGUAAUUGUCGACGGCCUCGAAGUUACGAGCCAUUCCAUUGCGUCUCGGUAUACGCGCUGUCUAAAGAAAUUAUACCAAAACACAGACUAUAACAUUAUAAUAUCGUUGAAUCUGCCCUACAAGUCGUUGUGACAAAUGAAUAAAAAUAUCAUUGUGAAAAUAAACAGAAUCAUGUUCUAAGAUUGUUAAAAUGAUGCGUGAUCAUGGAACAUAGUUGACAAGAAGCAGCAUAUGUACGGAGCACGAGAGUGAUCAUGCUGACAAGAAUGUGGAUGAUUCCGACAAAGUAAGGACGAUUUGGUGGUAUAAUGGAUAGCCGAAAACCCUUCGUAGGCUCUCAUGCCAAAUCUGUGCUUCUCGCACUCAAUGAUCUCAGGAUUAAAGGACAACUUUGUGACGUCACUUUGACCGUAGAUGGAAGUCUGUUCGUGGCCCAUCGCGCCAUUUUGGCAGCGUGUAGUGAUUACUUCUGUGCAAUGUUCACCAACCAGAUGAGUGAAAGCAGCCAAUCGGUAGUCGAACUCCGUGGUCUGAAGGCAACGACCAUGGAAGUCCUCCUCGAGUUCAUCUAUACUGAGCAGGUCGACGUCACAGUAGAGAAUGUCCAGGAGUUGCUUCCUGCUGCGUGCCUACUUCAACUUAAAGGUGUGGAGACGAGAUGCAGCGAGUUCUUGAAAGAUCAGCUGGAUUCUUCAAACUGCCUUGGAAUAAAACGAUUUGCAGAGACCCACUCUACGGCGGGACUUCUGGCAGCAGCUGAGUCCUACUGCCUUUCACAUUUCUCUGAGAUCACGAAGGAGGAUGAGUUUCUAGAAUUGACACCAGACGAAUUAAGUCAGCUCAUAUGCAGAGAUAACUUGGAGAUAAGUGAUGAGAGUGAAGUAUACGAAGCUGUAAUCCGUUGGGUAAAGCACAACAUGAAUGAGAGAAACGAGCAUCUAUUCUCAGUUCUUGAACACGUUCGACUUCCAUUGCUCAGUCCCGUCUUCAUCACCGACGUCGUCGAUAAGCAGCCACUAGUUAAAACUAGUCAUGACUGUCGAGAUUUAAUAGAUGAGGCAAAGAUGUUCCACCUGAGACCAGACAGGAGAGGUGAGAUGCAUGGACCAAGGUUUCAACAGAGAACAGGUGGAGAUGUACGACUCAUUGCAGUAGGUGGAUUUGGUGCUGAUCGACAGCCACUGUCUUUAGUCGAGGAGUUCAACCCAAAGACAUCAGAUUGGCGACCACUUCCUAAACUUGAGCAUGGCAGGAGAUAUCUAGCUACUGUGUCACUCCACCAACGGCUGUAUGCAAUUGGUGGAUACAAUGGUACGUCACGAUUAAGUUCAGUCACGUGCUUAGAUUACGCCAAUCAGGACGCGUCUGAUUUCAGCUGGAUCGACUGUGCACCAAUGAGCGUUAUCAGAGGACUACCCGGUGCGACAGUGUAUAAUGAAUUAAUAUAUAUAGCUGGCGGAUUUGACGGCGAUUCUCGGCACAACUCGGUGGAGACCUAUGACCCUCAAAUCGACCGCUGGUCCACUGUCACGCCCAUGAAUGUAUGUCGAGAAGGGGCGGGGCUGGUUGCUACCAAUGACGUCAUCUAUAGUAUAGGAGGAUACGAUGGCAUCACCAUCCAGAGUUCUGUGGAGGUGUAUGAUCCAAAGAGCGGCCAGUGGAUGUCAGCCCCGCCCAUGAAUAUGAAACGCUCGGGAGCUGGUGUGACGAUUGCGAAUGAAAUGAUUUAUGUAUUCGGUGGUUUUGAUGGGUCUCAACACAUUGCAUCAGCCGAAUGCUUCAAUCCUCGUGCAAACAAAUGGACGGUUCUAUCAGAUAUGAACUCAGCUAGGUGCUAUGUCGGGGGAGCUACUAUCCAUGGCAGGAUAUAUGCCGUAUCAGGCUAUGACGGGCAGACGCUCCUUGAUACCGUGGAAGUGUACGAUCCUUGGAGAGAUAAAUGGAAGAUCCAAGCAACCAAAAUGAACGAAAGACGAUGUGACGCAGGAGUCACCUCCUUAUUUAUCUCCUGAUCACGAACAAUAAGGACUCUUUACCAUAGCGAUCUUUGACACGACGUUCGUUCGCCAGGAAUGUCGACACGAUUUAUGUGUUCUCCUGACAUAAUUAUUCAAUCUGUAACAUUCAUUACACGAAUAACUCCCGAUCUACAGCGAUCAUAAAAGAUAGACUCCGCGUUCGUAGCGAUGACAAGAUAUCGACACGAUUACAAAAUGUCGGCAAGAUGUCGACAUGAUUUGUGUUUUCGUGACACAUUGCGACGAAUAGCAAUUAUUUCCUGAUCACAGACUGUAAAGACCCCGCGUUCGUAUCCGGACCGAUGUUAAACACUACAUACUUUCAUCGAAAUUUUGUUCUUAUCGUAACACAUGCCAGAAUUCUAGGAUAUAAAUUCAAAAUCAUUAUACCACCGAUGCAAUGUCUAAAUUCUUAAAAGCCUUGAACAGAUAGUACUUAGAUUUACUUUAUACAUUUUGCAAUAUUGAUGCCUGCAUUUAUUCGCAGGACGUUCUUGUCUAGAAAACAUGUUACAAUAUUCAGCCGUAUAUACGUUUUCACCUAAUUUCAGGAGCGAGUGUUUCAAGCUAUUAUUUUGACUGAUAUUAUUUUGAAUAUAAUUUGGAAGGAUUUCAAUAGAGAAUGGAUGCAGAGAGGUUCCUUAUCGAUAACCUGGUAGUUUUAUAUCCAAAGAAUACAAACCAUAUAAUAUAAAAAUAAAUAUAAAAUAUAUCAACUACUUGUACUUUUUAAGAUGUAUAUAUAAAACAAAGAAAAUAGAAAAAAUACUAUUAUAUAUAUAUGUAGUUCUUAAUUGUAUUAUAAUAACACUUAACUGACUACA